UUGAUAUUAUCACCGAGGUAUCUUUUUGUAUUUUUCUGCCGGGGAUGGGCCAGAUUGGGAAGGGCGGUACGAGGGUGGGACUUGGCGUUGGUGUUUUGGAACAUCAAAGAUGGACAGGGUUUUCGCGGAGGUCGCUCCUCAGAUAUCUCCACAACUACAGAUCGGGGAUCUUCCAAAAUCGAGAAGAUUGGUGCAUACGGCUAGGUCUCUUCACCUUACAAUUUGUAUGGCAAUUUGGCCCGGGGUUGUGGUGUGGUAGGGGAGAAUGGGGGAUAAUCCCACGCAGGAGUUCCGAACGACGUCUGGUUCACGUUUGGCUGGAUAACUCCACCACCACACGGGGUAUGCGGUCGGCGAUGGGGUCAAAAUGCUCGUAUGAUCGAGGGCUUUUCGAUGGAUCUAUCGGCGGGUUCUUAUUCGAAAGAUCGAGCGAGUUCGUGGUGGAGCGGUUGAAUGAUGAGAUCUAA